UUUUACUGUCACAACCGUCAUUCUCACCAUCACCACACCACCGCUGUUCCCUGACAGCACCACAACGAUCAGAAUAUUAUGUACAGACCUCACUUUACUUCCCCAAGAGGAUCCUGGCCAGUAUGGAGCACGGUUCUUAUUUUUCUUGGAGUGGCCGCUAUCUUGGGAGUAACCAUUGGUCUACUUGUCCAUUUUCUUGCUGUUGGAAAGAUUUACUAUUACCAAGGAGAAUUCCACAUUACUGGAGUCAGAUACAAUAUUAGUUGUGAAACUGCAACUUCACAAGCCGGUACAGAACUGAGUAGAGAUAUUGAAAAUAAAAUAUAUGAUGCAUUUCAAAACUCUAGUAUAUACAAGGACUAUAUCAAUUCUCAGUUCAUCAAAUUUCUUCCUCAAGCCAAUGGUUCGAUUGUACAGUUAGAGUUGGUAUUCAAGUUUCCUCCUGCAAAGAAGAAUAUCAGGAAGACGGAAAUUGAAGACAUCUUACGUCAGAUAUUACAGGACAACAUGGCAUCCUGGCAAGCAGUUCCCACUUCCAUUAAACUUACGGAAAUUAGCAAGGCUAAUGCUGAAUUGCUUACCAACAACUGUUGUGGUAGACCACUGGUUAACAGUUUAGCAGAUAACAAAGUUGUUAAGGGGAAAGAUGCCCUGUCCGGGGCCUGGCCCUGGCAGGCCAGCCUGCAGUGGAGAGGCCAGCACUUUUGUGGAGCUUCUCUCAUCAGCCGCAUUUGGCUAUUAACCGCAGCUCACUGCUUGCAGAGGAUAAAGAAUUUGGACGACUGGACCAUCAACUUUGGAACUAUAGUCAAUAAACCUCUUAGGAGACUGAAAAUUAAAAAUGUUAUUUUACAUGAAUAUUAUAAAAACAGCACAAAUUCUGAUGAUAUUGCCCUCGUGGAACUUGCCGAAGAAGUCUCUUUCACAAAGUAUAUUCGCAAGAUUUGUCUUCCUGAAGCCGAUAUGAAACUCUCCCCAAAUGACAGCGUUGCUGUCACGGGAUGGGGAGCACUUUAUAUGAAUGGCAUCCUUCCAGUCACCCUACAACAGGCCUUUGUGAAUAUUAUUGACAACAAAAUUUGUAAUGGUUCAAAUUCAUUAUCUGGUUUGGUGAGUGAUAAAAUGCUGUGUGCUGGAUUUAUGUCAGGAGGCGCUGAUGCAUGUCAGCGUGAUUCUGGAGGACCACUAGCUUACCAAAACUCUAGAAAUAUUUGGAUUCUUGUUGGAAUAGUAAGUUGGGGUGAUGGAUGUGGUAAAAAGAAUAAGCCAGGUGUGUAUACUCGAGUGACUGCUUAUCGUGAUUGGAUUACUACCAAGACUGGAUUGUGAAAGAAAAGAGAUUUUGGAAUGGGACACAAAGGCAAUUCCAAAUGGCUUUGAAUUACCAAUAGCAUCCUCUACCUUAUUAUGCAAUUUUGCCUUUCACCUUGACUAAAGAAGAUUCAAUUCUUUCCUAUCCUGAAGAAAGUUCUUAUGGGGGGAGAAGGGACAUUGUUAUUAAAUUUGUAAUGGUGAGUGGUGAAGUAGCUUUGCAAAUAGAAAACAGUGAUAUGGGAAGUAUUGUAAAUCACAUAUCAAGUCAAAUAGGAAAAUAUAUUUCUACUGCUAUAAUUUGUAUUCUAGUACUAAAAUAAGUACUUACUCUUUUUUGUAAUUAUGAGUGUUGAUUAAAAUGAAUUCAUAA